ACCGCGAUGCCGUUACAGCAGGUUAUUAAUAAGUUUAUUAUCACUCGCCGCGUCCCAGCUUCUGUGCGCAUGCACUUGCUCCGCCUCCGGUCCGGUCACAACCGCGACACCGACCAGCCCAUCCCGGAUCCAUACAUGGACCAAACACAGCGGCGGCUCGAUGACCACGGCCACGCGCCGGUGGUCAGUGCCCACGCCCAGCAGGCCGGUCCAGACAAGAGCCGGCAGCAGGAGCAGCCGCCGCCGCCGCCUUCUUCGUUGAACCAGACGGCGGCGAGGCUCCUGCGCGAGGCCACCGUCUCCCGCCCGGACGGCGAGAAGCCGGCGUCCUCGGACAUCCUGGCCUUCGCGCGCUCCGUCGACCGCGUGGACUCGCCUCUCGAGUAGCUUUUUUUUGGCUUGCCCACUCUCAGUCAGCUACUGGCUCACUGGCUUUGUUUCUUUUCUUAUCCAUCUUGUGUUCGCACCGUAAUAAAAAAGGGUCAACACUUUCCUCCCUA